UAUUAUCGCCAUUAAAACCCUUCUAAAACCUAACUCUUCUUCAUCUUCCGCAAAUAUAAUAAACGCGAGUCCGAAUUGUUUCCUCGUCCCUCCUCUCUCUCUCUCUCUCUCCUCCCCUCCGAGCUAGGGUUUCUCCUGUUUCCUCUUCUCUCCUCUCGACUCGGCAUCGAUGUACGGAGGCGAUGAAGUAUCGGCCAUAGUUCUUGAUCUGGGUUCCUACAGUUGUAAGGCCGGGUACGCCGGCGAAGAUGCUCCGAAAGCCGUAUUUCCGUCCGUUGUUGGAUCAAUCGACCAAACAGGGGCUAAUGAUGAAAUCAAGCCCGAGAGAGACUCUGAAUCUAUGUCGGAUUCUAAAACCGGAGUCAAGGCACUUGAUUCAGAUAAAACUAAACCAAAGCGUAAGUUGUAUGUUGGUACACAAGCUUUAGACUACAGGCGCGAUCACAUGGAGGUCAUCUCACCCUUGAAGGAUGGUGUUGUUGUUGAUUGGGAUAUUGUCGACAAUAUAUGGAACUAUGCUUUCAGGCAACGACUGUUGAUUGAUCCCAAAGAGCAUCCUAUACUACUUGCAGAACCCUCUACAAAUAGUCCACUGCAAAGGGAGAAAGCAGCAGAGCUACUGUUCGAGAACUACAAAGUUCCUGCACUGUUCUUGGCCAAAAAUGCUGUGCUCACAUCUUUUGCUUCUGGACGAGCUACUUCCUUGGUUGUUGAUAGUGGUGGUGGAUCUACUGUAGUCGCAGCUGUACAUGAUGGCUAUGUCCUCCAAAAGGCUGUGGCAACUUCUCCAAUUGGAGGCGAGUUUCUCACCGACUGCAUGAUGAAAAGCUUAGAAAGCAAGGGCAUUGUUCUGAAACCAAGAUAUUCAUUUAAGAAGAAGGAAAUCAGCCCAGGAGAAUAUCAGAUUGUAGAUCUUGAUUUUCCGAAUACUACAGAAUCUUACAAGUUGUACUCUACGAGAGCUAUUGCCGGUGACAUAAAGGAAUCGGUAUGUCGAGUCCCUGAUACUCCAUUUGAAGAAGCGGCAUAUGCAAAUGUUCCUAUGACUCCAUACGAGCUUCCUGAUGGCCAAACUAUUGAAAUUGGUGCUGAUAGAUUCAAGGUUCCUGAUGUUCUAUUUAAUCCAUCCUUAUCUCAGACUAUUCCUGGGAUGGAGAGUAUUGCUGAUUCUACUUCGCUUCGCGGCCUACCGCAAAUGGUUAUUGAGAGCAUAAAUAAGUGUGAUGUUGACAUCCGCAGGGAACUAUUCAGCAGUAUCUUGCUUGCUGGUGGCACGUCAUCAAUGCAGCAAUUAAAAGAACGGCUUGAAAAAGACUUAAUGGAGGAGGCUCCUCAAGCUGCACGGGUCAAGGUUUUAGCCAGCGGGAACUCAACAGAGAGGAGAUUCAGUGUGUGGAUAGGAGGGAGCAUUCUAGCAUCUCUUGGGUCGUUUCAGCAAAUGUGGUUCUCCAAAGCGGAGUAUGAGGAGCAUGGAGUUUCCUAUAUCCAAAGAAAGUGUCCUUGAGGGGUAUUGUCACAUUCCUUUAUAUAAGAUGGCAUUUUAUCUUUAUAUUGCCAAAUAGUAGGUGUGACUACACAUAUUUAACCGGAAAGAGGUUCCAUAUAUGAGGACAUAAUGUUCUUUAUCAGGCGUGGGCUUGUUACUGUUUUUUUUUAAAAUAGAUAGGUUCAUCGAAAACUUCUUAAGUGCAAUAUGAUGAUAAUAGGCUGUUUGUAUUAGUGUGUAAUUUAAAAUUCCAUUCUAUGUUUUGAGUCUUUUGUUGUACCAUACAAGGCCAUCUUGCUAAUUGAGGUUCUUUUGUUUGAGGC